AUGGAGUUUGGGUCGAUGGGAUCUGCUGCAAUAUAUGUCAAGGAAGAAGACAUAGCCACAUACACCAUUAAAGCAGUAGAUGAUCCACGAACCUUGAAUACAACUCUUCAUAUGAGACCUUCUGCCAAUAUUUUGUCCUUCAAUGAGACAGUGUCCUUGUUGGAGAAAAAGAUUGGCGAGACUCUCGAGAAGUUGCAUCUUUCAGAGGAAGAUAUUCUCCAGAUUAUACAAGUUUUUGUUAAAGAUGAUUCUGCAAACUUUGAGGUUGAUCCUUCUAUAGGUGUCGAAGCCACUGAGCUUUAUCCAGAAGUGAAAUGCACAACUGUAAACGAGUACUAUAAUAAAUUUGUCUAG